AUGUAUAAAGAAAAUAAGCAUAACAUUUUUUUUGAAACAGCAAAAUUUGGUCAUAGAACAUUUUGUCUAAUUGGAAAAUUACAAUUAUAUAUUGAUAAUGUUUUAACAAAAUUAGAAUUAUUAGAAAAAGGAAAAAUGAAACGACGUGAAGCAUUAACAAGAAUUCUUAAUAGUAUUUCUGAAGAUGAUAAAUUGAGUAAAGAAAUGAAACAUGAACGUUUAGAAAAAAUGAUUCGUGAUGAACUUGAAGAAACUAAUCUGGAUCGUCAAACACCAAUUCAAAAUUUAAAUCAAAAAACAAAAACAUCAGGUGCACCUGGAAGUGGACAUUCACAUUAA